ACUCCUCCUUCUCGAGCUCAUCUUGUCUGUAAGACGCCAACAUCUCAACAGACAAUACACAACUGGCCGGCUCUCCGAAGCAGCCCGAACAGUGAUCUUAUUUUUGUUUUUUCUUGUGUUCAUAUAAGAAAACAAUCAUCUGGAAGCUGACUUUUGGAUCAUUGCAGUGAGCACUACGGUGUGCGGAGAUGAAGAAAUCGGAGAAGCACGGCUUCUCUCUGGAGGCCGACGACAGGACAGAGGCAGAGAAAUGUCGCCGUAAAUCACCAAAACAAGAUGUUUUAGGGUCUGUUUUAAGGGUGGGCCAGCAAGCACCCAAAGCCCCUAUGGACACGGACUACCAGGAGGAAAUGGAGGAGAGCAAACCUCAAAUACGAUUUAACCUCAAUUUUGACAAGGGGAUUCGAGGUGUGGAUCAGGACAACACCAAACGGGACGGCCAGACAUUUGACAUCAACAGGCUGUUUGAAGCGGCGGCCAGAGGGGACGUCUCAAGCUUGGAAGGCCUUUCCCACUACCUGCACCAAAAUAUGAAGAAACUCACAGACUCUCUGUAUCAGUCAUACGGUAAAACUGCCCUGAUGAAGGCACUGCUACACCUCAGAGACGGCAAGAAUCCCACUGUUGAAUUCUUAUUAGAAGUCUCAGAGAGAACGGGUGACAUUAAAGAGUUUGUCAACGCAGCUUACACUGACUAUGACUACAAAGGCCAGACGGCACUGCACAUAGCCAUAGAGCGAAGGAGUCUGAGCUACGUGAAGCUUCUUCUCAGUAAAGGAGCAGAUGUCCACGCUAAAGCUUUGGGCAAAUUCUUCCAGCCACACGACGGGCCAAACUUCUACUUUGGCGAGCUUCCGCUCUCUUUGGCAGCGUGUACGAACCAACCAGACAUGGUGGAGUUCCUCCUGGACAACCAGCACCAUCAAGCCUCGCCCAACGCGGCCGACUCUCAGGGCAACACGGUGCUGCACGCCCUAGUGGUGGUGGCUGACAACACCAAGGAGAACACAGACUUAUUUAUCACCAGCAUGUACGACCUCAUCCUGACCAUAUCGGCGCGGCUGAGACCCAAACUCAACUUGGAGGAGAUUGAAAACAACAAUGGUCUGACACCUCUCAAACUGGCUGCUAAGACUGGGAAAAGCGGGCUUUUCGCACACAUCCUGAAGCGAGAGUUCCAAGAGAGCCACACCAAACAUUUGUCUCGAAAAUUCACCGAGUGGGUUUACGGGCCGGUCCAGAGCUCCUUGUACGACCUGGCCUCAGUGGACUCGGUGGAAAACAACUCGGUUCUAGAGAUACUGGUCUACGGCAGUGAUAUCCCCAACCGCCACGUGAUGCUCCAGACCGAACCUCUGCGGCAAUUGCUUGAGGACAAAUGGAAGAGGUUUGCAGGCCGAAUGUUUGGUAUUAACUUCUUGGUCUACUUGGGGUACCUGAUCAUCUUCACUGUGGUAGCCUACAACAAAAAAGAGGGAAAGACACCAUUCCCUCUGGAGCACAGCGUGACAGGUUACCUGUAUAUUUCAGGGCAGCUACUAAUAACAGUGGCAAACUGCUAUUUCUUCUUCAUCGGGUUAUUAGACAUGAAGAGGAAACGGCCAAAGCUGCAGACCUUGCUGAUUGACGGAUAUUAUGAUAUUCUUUUCUUUGUGCAGGCAGUGCUUUUCCUGGCCGCGGCCAGCCUCUAUAUAACUGGGAGACAAGAGUACCUAGGCUUUCUGGUGUUGUGCCUGGCCCUCAGUUGGGUCAACCUGCUCUACUUCGCUCGAGGCAGCAAACAAAUGGGCAUCUACAGCGUCAUGAUACAGAAGAUGAUUCUCAGCGACAUCCUGCGCUUCCUGUUUGUAUACUUCGUCUUCCUCUUUGGAUUUUCAGCAGCGGUGGUCACGCUGCUCAUCGAGCCCCCUGCCAGGAACAUCACUAACAAGAAGGGCCGCCUCUUCGGACCGCUUGAACCCGAAUCUGAAUGCAUCAAGCCAACCUUCCGAAACAUCUCCUACACGACGUUGCAACUCUUCAAGUUUACCAUCGGCAUGGGAGACAUGGAGUUCACCGAGCACUACCAGUACAAGGAAGUCUUCUACGUGCUGCUCAUCUUCUACAUCAUCCUCACCUACAUCCUGCUUCUGAACAUGCUCAUCGCCCUCAUGAACCGCACUGUGGAGAAGAUCACCAUGGAGAGCACGAGCAUCUGGAAGCUGCAGAGGGGGAUCACCAUCCUGGACAUGGAGAAAAGAUUGCCAUUUUGUGCGAGAAAGAGGCUUCGGUCCGGGGUGGACAAAAACCUGGGCACGUCCUCUGAACAAGAUCAACGCCGCUGUUUCAGAGUGGAGGAAGUCAACUGGAACAAAUGGAACAUCCACCUGGGGAAAAUCCAUGAGGAGCCCGGUUACUGGGAUCGAGCGCGGCGGCUGGAAGACAAAACGCCAAUUCGAACAAACAAAGGGAGGAGCUGGCGAGGCUUAUUUGCAGAGAGCAUAAAAGGACGCCAAUCCACCGAGAUGAGCAACCUUGCAGUAUGAGCACACAGCGAUUAGUAAAUGUCACACUUGUUUGUUGGAAGCAGUAUCUGUAAAAUUUAAUGACCUAGUGUUUUGGUGCGUGCAAGCAACAAUGCACAUCCUUCAUUUUUAUUUAUUAUUUUUUACAAGUUGUCUGUAUAUAACUGUGCGCAAUACCUCCAUCAUAUUCAUGUCAUGCUAUUGUUGCAGUUGAUAGAAUACAGCACUUAGUCCACACAGCAGCUCAGACCCGUAUGAAAGCAUAAAUUAGAAUUUUAUUUUAUUAUUACAAUAUUACAAAAAGAGUAGCACAACUCUCACGCUCUUGCUUCUUAUCCGUUUUGAAAGAUGACAAAACAUAGGCUAUGGACAGUCUUCUUUUUCACAGCAAUAGAACAGAAGUGGGGGGAAAAAACAAUCUUAAAUAAAUCAUGUAUAAUAGUCAACUUGGGGCUGGGCGAUAUGUCAUAAUUUAUUUAUUUUUUCUUCUACACCCUACUUUUGAAGGAGGCAAUAAAAACGAGACAGAAAAAGCUUUCUAGAGCGCUCAUUGGCUGCCAUUGACAGCGCUAGACGUCUCUGAAAAUGAGCAUUCACAGCCAAUUAACAUAGUUCCAAUGAAUUGGCCGUCUAUUGUUGACAAUGGCAGUGCUAUAUACUGUAUUAUAAAAUUAAUAAAACAUUAGAGUGUUAUAAGGGGCGAUAACCAGAUGGUAUUUAGUAUUUUUUCUUAUGAGUUUAUACAAUUUAGUUUUAUUAUUUCAUGAAAAAAUAUAUCCAUAACAGAUCCGGUGUUCAUACUGUAUAUGGGGACAUCAAAUUUUUGGGUCACGUGGUUCCAGGGGUGAAAGUGAGC